CAGAGAUGGAACGGCUCCAGAGAAAACACCCUCCGAACUCUAUCCUGCUACUUCGCCUUUACCAUCUACGGCAUGAACGACGGAACCCCAGGCGCAAUGGUCCCCCAUCUAGAAAGCUACUACUCCCUCCCCUACUCCAUCGUAUCCCUCAUCUUCCUCGGUCCCAUGCUAGGCUGCAUCACGGCAGCAUUCACCUCAAACAGACUCCACCAAAAAUUUGGCCGUCGUGGAGUAGCUGCUUUCGCCACGGGUUCAUACGCAAUCUCGUAUGUGGGCAUGUGUGUGCAUCCGCCGUUUGGCCUCGUGGUGCCGCUGCUUGUCCUCACGGGGUUUGGGAGCGGGCUUAUGAAUGGAACGUGGAAUAGUUGGGUUGGUGGGUUAGCUAAUGGGGGUACUUUGUUGGCGUUUCUUCAUGGGUGUUGGGGGGUUGGGGCUACGAUUGCUCCGAUUACUGUGAAUGCCUUUGUCUCGAGGGGGUGGGAUUGGUGGGCAUACUACUGUAAGCUGCUCACUUCUUACGGAUACAGCAUACUGACCAACUAUCUAACCAUCUCGAAGCUCGGUCUAGCUAUUGCCGCCGCCGCAACGACAGUGUGGUCUUUCUGGGCUGAUUGCGGAACGAGUCACAUUGCCUCAUCAGGCCAAGCUCAUAGCUUCACAUUCUCGGUAUUCAGAGACAAGGUAACCCUCCUCUUCUCCGGCUUCAUGCUACUCUACGUAGGCGCCGAAGUUACAAUCGGUGGCUGGUUGGUAACCUUUAUGCUCAACGUCCGCAACGGCACGCCCUCUGCCUCGUCCCUCGUCGCUUCCGGCUUCUGGAUCGGUAUCACUGUUGGGCGGUUCGCUCUGGGAUGGAUCACGAGCUACUUUGGGGAAAAGACUAUGGUGUCGGCGUAUCUCGUCGUUGCGAUUGGACUUGAGCUGGCGUUUUGGCUUGGAAAGGAGUUUGUGGUGAGCGCUAUUAUGGCGGCGUUGGUGGGAUUAUCUAUCGGUAUGGUGAUGCCUGCGAGCAUCAGGAUGAUGACCAAGAUUCUCCCGGUUGAGAAGCAUAUUGUCUCGGUUGGCUUUGGCACAGCCUUUGCCGUCUCAGGAGCAAGCAUAUUCCCAUUCGCUGUGGGAGCACUCGCCCAAGCUGGUGGCGUCCAAGUCCUCCAGCCCGUCAUCCUAGCACUAUUCGCAGUCCAGCUUCUACUCUGGCUUUUUGUUACAAGAAUG